AGCAUUUUCAAUUGAACAGUAUACCAAAACUUUAAGGAAUAGUUUAUAUUGUCAAUAGAUCUUUCCUGUUACAGUUUUAUAUAGUACUUGACACACAUAAACCAGCAACGAGGCACGUGCUUUGCAGGUCAAGAGGGCACAGUUACUCUCGUUAAUUCUUUAUAUUUUGAAAUCUAACAUUCUUUGGUCGGAUUGUAUUAGAUGGCAGGUGCAAUUUGGAAGGCCGUGGAUAUGAUGCUGCAAAUCAUUGUGAACAUCAUUGCGAAGGUUAUAUCCGAAGUGGCAAGACUGCUUGGCAAGUUUAAAGAGAAGGUAGAGGACAUAGCAGUUGAAAGGGCUGCAGAUGUAUCGGUGGAUACGGGGACAAGUUACUUGGUUUGGAGAUCAGACAUGCAAUUGCUGGCUAGGAAUUUCAAGGCGUUGAGCAGCAGAGCAUCUGACUUAGAGGAGACAGUGGAAAGAGCUGAGCUAUCAGGACGACAGAAGGGGAAAUCAGAGGUGAAGAAUUGGUUGGAGGAUGUUGGAAAAUUAGAGAAUGAUUUCAUUGCAUUGCAGAGAAGGGUACAACAGGAGAAGUUUUGGAAACUUUUCUUGGUUGGAGGCCAUGCGAGAAAGAUGCAAGAUCAGGUGGUCCAAUUUACUGAGCAAAGCCGGCAUUUUGACGGGCUUUUGCUGGAAAAUCUUAAUAAUAAAAUAAAUGAUAAAAUCGCGUUGAGCAGCAGAGCAUCUGACUUAGAGGAGACAGUGGAAAGAGCUGAGCUAUCAGGACGACAGAAGGGGAAAUCAGAGGUGAAGAAUUGGUUGGAGGAUGUUGGAAAAUUAGAGAAUGAUUUCAUUGCAUUGCAGAGAAGGGUACAACAGGAGAAGUUUUGGAAACUUUUCUUGGUUGGAGGCCAUGCGAGAAAGAUGCAAGAUCAGGUGGUCCAAUUUACUGAGCAAAGCCGGCAUUUUGACGGGCUUUUGCUGGAAAAUCAGCAGAAUUUGGAGAACCACAGUUGA